AUGUCUACUUCACCAUAUACCACUGUUGUCUUGUAUUUGAUAUCUCUUAUAAUAUUGAGUUGUACCAAAUUUGUCAUAGCGACCAACUUCUAUAGAGAUUUCAAUAUAUGGUGGGGCAAUGGCCGUGGAAGCAUUCAUGAUAACGGGAAACUUUUAAUGCUGUCUCUUGAUGAAUAUUCUGGCUCUGGGAUCCAAUCUUACAGGGAAUAUCUUUUCUCCAAAAUCGACAUGCAAAUCAAACUUAUUCAAGGAAACUCUGCUGGAACUGUUACCACGUUCUAUUUAGCAUCAGAAGGUGAUAAUCGUAACGAGAUAGAUAUCGAGUUCUUGGGAAAUCUUUCUGGAAAUCCUUACACUCUUCAUACAAACAUGUAUAUCAAAGGGAGCGGCUCUAGAGAGCAACAAAUUCACCUUUGGUUUGAUCCGACCACCAGUUUCCACACCUAUACGAUUAUUUGGAACCCAUUUAUGAUUGUAAUUUACGUGGAUGGGACGCCUAUUAGAGUGUUCAAAAACUGGGAAUCGAGAGGGGUUCCAUACAUGAAAGAGCUUCCUAUGAGGAUAUAUGCGAGCCUUUGGAAUGCGGAUCAAUGGGCCACGAGAGGUGGGGCAAUAAAAACGAACUGGACAGAAGCUCCAUUCAGAACCUGGUUUCGGGAUUAUAAGGCCAGGGGUUGUCUUUGGGAGAACGGGGAGUCUUGUUCAAAAGCUAUUAAACAUGAUUGGUAUAAACAAAAGCAACUAGAUUUGAGGAGCCUUGAGAUGCUGAAAUGGGUCCAACGUAAUUACAUGAUUUACAAUUACUGCAAUGACUUUAAUCGCUUCCCGCAUGGCCUUCCACCAGAAUGUUCCCUCGAUACACCAACAUAA